AUGGAUUCAAAGUUAUAUCUAGAGUAUAGAAUAAUGAAUCCAGAGGAAAGAAAGGAAAAACUACGUCAUAUAUUCGACCAUUUCGAUAAGGAUAAAGAUGGAUCAUUGAGUAGAUAUGAAUUGCAACGUGGAUUUCAAGAUCAUGGCAUGUCCAUUCAAGAUGAUCAAAUAAGUAAGAUGAUGGAUAUUGCAGAUUCCAAUAAGAAUCACUCGAUAGAGUGGGAUGAGUUUUACAAUAUAGUGAGAGACUCCAAGUCCAAUGAGAUUAGCGAUAUCGCAGAGUACUGGCUGCAGUACACCAAUAAACCUAUCAUUCACGCACCGAGCGACAUACCAUCGUGGAAGUUGCUGGUGGCUGGUGGUGCUGCCGGUGCAGUGUCGCGUACCUGCACAUCGCCACUGGAGCGUCUCAAGAUUCUCAACCAGGUGCAAUCGAUGAACCUCACCACCACCAUAAAUAAAUCGGCAGCAGCAGCAGCAUCCACCGAUACAGCACAGAAACAGCGAGCCCCACGUGUUGGAGUCAUCAAAUCACUCGUAAAUAUGUAUAAAGUCGAAGGUUUCAGAGGAUUAUUCAAAGGAAACGGAACCAACGUCAUUCGUAUCGCGCCAUACUCUGCCAUUCAAUUCCUUUCCUACGAGAAAUACAAGAAAGUAAAUGGACAAUCACAUUUACACACUGGACAGAAUUUAUUUGUUGGUGGAUCUGCAGGAGUUACAUCGCUGCUAUUUACAUAUCCAUUGGAUCUGAUUCGUUCUCGACUCACCGUUCAGAUUCAUGAGCAGAAAUACACAGGUAUUGCAGAUGCCUACAGGAAGAUCGUCGCGGAGGAAGGUUACCGCGGUCUCUACAAAGGAUUGUUCACAUCGGCACUCGGUGUGGCACCAUACGUAGCAAUCAAUUUCACAACCUAUGAAACACUGAAAUACUUUUUUAGCAAAGACAAGAAUCUGACGGUCGUCAACAGUUUGAUAUUCGGUGCGAUCUCUGGUGCCACCGCUCAGACCAUCACAUACCCGAUCGAUCUUCUGAGACGUCGUCUACAGGUGCAGGGUAUCGGUGGUGCACCACUCAUCUACAGCGGACCGCUCGAUGCAUGUAAAAAGGUUAUCAAAGAGGAAGGUGUCAGAGGUCUCUACAAGGGUAUGAUCCCAUGUUAUCUCAAGGUCAUACCUGCCAUCAGUAUCAGUUUUUGUGUCUACGAAUUAAUGAAAUCAUUAUUGGGUAUCAACACCAAUAAGAUUUCAUACCAAACAUAA